AUGGGAGAUCAUUAUAAUUCUUUCGAUGUUAACUUUAAAAAUCCAACCAAAAGCAUGGAUGAAGUUAUUCCAUUAAUUGAAGAUGAUGAGUCAUCAGUAGGAAGCUCAUUAGAAUCCUUGGCUAGUAAAGGGGCAAAAUCUGUUAAAGGAUUUUUUAACGGUUUUAUGGGUGCAUCCAGUAGUGAUGAGGAAGAAAGUAUAAGUGGCGAAUGUGAAAAAAAAGAGGAUGAAGAAGAAGAAGAGGAAAAAUCAUUCUUAGAAUCAUUGAAAGAUUCUGCUGCUAACGCAUUUGACAAAAAUGGUUUAGUCAUUUUACUCUUAACACUUUUCAUUGGAUUCUUAAUAUACUUGUACUUGAGUGGAAACCUAACGAACUUGGUAAGAAUGAUUCCAGUACACUAUUUAACUGGAGAAGGACACGACCACCACCAUGGCCAUGCAGGAUGCACUUGCAAGAACAAAGGUGCACAUCAUGCUGUUGGUAAUGCCACAGCAAAUACAGGUGAAUGCCCAUGUCAAAGAGCUAAAAGAUUAGCAGAAGAAGCAGCAAAGGCAGCCGAAGCAGCAGCAGAAGCAGUAGAAGAUGUACAUGAUCAUUAA